AAUAGGAUUAAGCGGGAUUUGGUUUGAUAAAGGAUAUUGAGAAUCGGGAAUGAUUAGGAGGAAGAUCGGCGAUAUUAGGUGAUUUGAAUGGAUAUCUAGGGUAUCGGGGGAUCUUAAGUAAUAUCCUGAAACAUUUUCACUAAAACGAUUUUCACAAACCAGAUAGUGAGCUUGAAUCGGAUCAAACUUAUCAAGGAAAUGUCUUUCCGUUAAUUAGAGAACAACUUACAACUCUUAAAAAUUGAAAAAGCUUCUAUGUAUAAAGAAAUAUACGGUGAUUCAGAUAUCCUAAUAAUUCAAAUGAUACCGAAACAUGCAGAAUUUUGUACAGCUCUCCAAUUUCGCGAUGCAUUAAUCGAAAUUCCUUCACCCCACCACACAUUAACAAUUCAUUGGCGUGGAUGGCGUGUUGAUAUAUAUUCUUUACAAUCCCCCUUUGAAGUUCGUGCAUUGGCUGGAAGUGAAAUGUUGAGAAUUAAUUGUUAUCAAGAAGCCUUGACAGUUGAUGUUUUUGCUGAUAGUAUUACUGUAGAUGUUAAAAGAUUGUCUAGGCUUUUAGUCAACCGUUCUUCAUCCUCUCCCCCAUCAUUAUUAAGAGUUAACGGUGCACAGAUUUCAUCUCCUAACAAUGAUAACAAUGAAAGUAACAAUAUAAUAGACUUGGCAGAAUUGCUUUCUAGACAAUUACAUUUGGCAUUAAGUAGAGAUGGAAAUCAAAAUAAUUCAUCAGCAGCAGUUUUGGCGGAUGCAAGAAAUUCACAAUUAAAAUUGGCUCGGGCUAAUCGAACUACUGCAACAUUAACUGCUCUAAGACAUUUUGUUGAAAUGCUGGGAGGUCAGCCUCAAUUACAAUUAUUAGCCGGCAACGUUUCUGUACGUAUGAGUGCAGGACAUGACGAGGAAAUUUUCUUCCUUGAUACAAAAAUUUUGUCUAGAGAAUUGUUAGAGCCUGAAGCAACGUUAGAACAGGACCCUUUUGGAAUUGGUCCAAUUGUUCCAACAGUUUGGCCAGUAGCUCCAGAUUGGCAAAACACUGUCUCUACUCCUUCCAUAUCCUCACCAACACAGCAACGUACACGUACAUCACGUAGGCCCAUCACUAGCUCAUCUAGAAUACCUUCAUCCUCAUCAACAACAGAAGAGACAACAACAACUGAAGUGUUAGAGGAAGAAGGAGAAUCAACAAUGCAAAUGGCACCUCCUAGUGAAUUAUUUAAUUUCAGACAUUCAUUUCCAACAACAAAUACUUCUCUCGAAAUUGAAGAAGAUAAAACGAACAUUUCACAAGAUUUGGACAGUUUUCCUUCUCCCCAACAACAUUUAUUUACAUUUUCACCACCGUUCGCAGAUUUUCUAGUUGGACAGUUUGAAACGCCUGCCCAAAAUGUUAAUUUAAACAAUUCAACAAUCUCCUCUUCCUUUCAACCCAUCAACAACAAUUCAUUCCCAAUUUCUGCAACUAUAUCAGCAUUACAAAUCCCUCCAAAUUUGGAAGAAAAUCAAAAAGUAAAUGAAGCUGUUUAUGAAGAUUUUCCGGGCAUUAGACGUGAAAAUAGACCAAAACCAGAAUUUAUUUGGAGGCCUGAAGAAAAUCAAAAAGAUGAAAAAAUUAAUGACCAAGAAGAAGAUGAAGAAAAUGAAGAUUUAAUAGAAAAUAAAAAUAUUUCUUUUAAUGAAAAAAUGAGAAAAAAGAGAAGAGAUGAUAAAACAACAAAUUCAGAUAUAAUUGAAAGAGUGGAGGAAAAUAAAUUGGAAAAUAAUAAUAGUAAUUAA